GCCUAAUUUCUUCCGUUUUUGUCAAGAGCUAUGCAAUUGGUGUGGAUUCAAUUUGUAAAAUGUUACUUUUCUUUCUGCAUCACCUGAGAGUAUUUUUUUUGAUCAUACACCCUUAUGAAUGAAUCUAAAAAGUUAGACUCCUAAACUAGUUCCGCUCCUCUCUCUCUCUUCAAUGAUAACCCUAACUAUAAACAUUUUAGCUAUUACGAUUGAAGUAUGCAAUGUGCGUAACUUUAGAUUGCAGUAAAUCGUUAGUUUCUUUUGACUUGUGCAGCGGAAGCUUCACAACGGUGUUCCUAAAUUAGGUCUUGCAACUUCUUGAUUAAAUUUACGAAGUAUCUGUCGGUGGAAGAGUCUUUCAAAUCUUGCGAAAAGAUUUGUAAGGACCGUUUGAUUAAUUUUAGAAGUUAUCGGAAAAUGUUUUUGGAAGAAUUAACUUGAGGAUGGUCUCCACGGUAAUUUAUUGUUCCACUCAUCCGUAGGCAAAAACCUAACAAGAUCGUAUCAUCUUAUGUUAGUAUUAAAAAUUUGGACUAUCCUCUAACAAUGUCAAUAAAUGGUUUAGUUUAAGGUAAAAGCGUAUAGUUAGACUCUCCAUUUUUCCUACAUUGAAUACCUAGGCUUAUUUUACCGUGUAUUAAUUUUUUUUUAUGGAAAGUUGUUUGAAACAAUUAAAGAGGGAUAAGAGGUUCGAUUUUUGUGAUAAUGGUUUUGCUUUGGUUAGCUUGUAUGCAUCUCUGAAAAUGAUAGGAAAAGUUUCUUUCAAUCACUCUAUGCUCUAGCAUAAAACAUUUGGUGUUGCUCCAGGGAGAUAAUAAAAGUUAAAAAAAAAAAGAAAAAAAAAAAGACAAAAGAACUAUAAAAGGAAGAGAUAUAUGGAGAAAAGCAGAACCAUUGAAAAUGAGGGUGUUUUGAGAGGGAAAUAAUUAAUCCUAAAAACUUGCCUAAUAUGAUGGAUAUAUGGUGAAUUAUCCACAUUUCUAUCUAGCAUAUCAAACUUAUGUUAAUGUCUAACAAUCUGAACGAACACUAACACUAAUUGUUUCAACAAAAUAAAUUUCCAUGCUUUCCAUUUCAAUUAUUAGAGUAAAUUCUUCACCAAACCAUCCUCUUUCUUCAUUUGCUUCUUUAAUCAGUAGUUUUUGUAACAAAAAUGGUAAAACGAAGAGUUUCAGAUUCAAUAGGAGUAGUCCAAGGUCGAUAUCGUCAAGAAUUAUUUAUAUGUCAAUUUUCAGAUAUGGUCAAUUCCAAAGGAUGUUUAUGGUCUGGAGGUGACCCUUUCGCUUUCAGUUUACCACUGGUGUUGGCACAAUUGAUUUUCAUUUUCUUCGUCACCAGAAUUACUUUUUUCCUCAUCAGACCUCUUAAACAAAGUAUGGUCAGUGCACAACUUAUUGCUGGUGUUUUCAUGGGGCAAUCAGGCUUAUGUCGUAACAGAGCGUUUGCGGCCUUAAUGUUUCCACCAAGAGGAAGAAUGGUACUACAAACAGUUGCAGAUCUUGCUUUCAUGUUUCAUCUUUUUGUUCUUGGAAUUCAUGUAGAUCCAACAAUGGUGAAAAGAGCGGGGAGAAAUGCGAUGCUAAUUGGUGCGUCCAGUUUCGCGUUGCCUUUUGUACUUGGAUGUCUAGCUAGUUAUACAUUACCUCAUUUGGCUGUAGUAGAUGAAGCAACAGCUCAUUUGCUGCCUUAUGUAGCCGUACUUAACUCAGCGUCUUUCUUUCCUGUGAUCACCAGCCUUCUUGGCGACCUUAAGAUUCUAAACUCAGAAAUUGGUCGAAUAGCUACAUUGGCUUCUAUGGUUACUGACAUUUGUAUAUAUGUCAUUUUCGUAAUUGGGACUACCAUAAAUUCAUCAGCAAGUUAUUCAAAGUGGAAUGGAGCAUUGUGCAUAGCAUGGAUAGGUACUUUCUUGAUAGUAGUUGUGUUUGCAGUAAGGCCAUUUGUGCAACACAUUGCUAGGACUAUACCUGAAAAAGGGUCUAUGAAGGAAAGCCAGUUUCUAGUCGUAGCUAUGAUAGUUUUGAUCUGUGGAUUUGUCGCGGAGUCUCUUGGACAACCUGCUGCUCUUGGUACUUUUAUUUUGGGCAUGGUGGUACCCGAGGGACCUCCUCUAGGGUCAUCUUUGGUUUACAAAAUUGAUUCUUUAUGUACUGGAUUGUUGCUUCCUGCUAAGUUUGCUAUUAGUGGUUUAGCAAUGGACAUUUUCGCAAUAGGAAAAGGAAAGAGUCUUUUAGGCGUUGAAGCAGUGAUCGUCUUAGGUUAUUUUGGAAAAUUUGCUGGCACUCUUGUUCCAGCAGUUCAUUUUGGUGUUCCUUUUAGAGAUGCACUUUCUCUUGCUCUCAUCAUGUGUUGCAAAGGAAUUAUCGAGGCAUCCCUCUAUAUCGGCCUCAGGGAUAAUGGAAUAAUAACAAAUGAAGCGUAUGCGCUUUUGUUAAUCACAAUGUUGGUGAUUACGGGAGCUUUGAGACCCUUAAUUUGGUACCUCUAUGAUCCAUCAAGAAGGUAUUUAGGCUACAGAACAAAUAGUAUACAACAUUUGGAUCCUACGAGUGAGCUUCGGAUACAGGUAUGUAUUCACAAUGAAGAUAAUGUUCCAAGUAUUGUUAAUCUUCUAGAAGCCUCCAAUCCAAGUAGAAGGAGACCUAUUUCAGUGUUUGUUCUUAAUCUAAUGGAACUCAAAGGUAGCGCGGCUGCAUUGCUGGUGCCAACGCAUAAUAGAAGAGGCAAGGCUAAACUGACGUCUCUGCCAAGCAGAACAGAACAUAUAUCAAACGCGUUCAACAUUUUCGCGCACAGAAAUCAAGGUUCUGUGGCUGUUCAACACUUCACAUCCAUUGUUCCUUAUGCCACUAUGCACGAUGACAUAUGUACAAUCGGGAUGGAAAAAGGUGUCAAUAUUGUGAUCGUCCCGUUCCACAAGCAGUGGGCGAUUGAUGGAACAGUAGGAGCCAAUUUUCCUGCUAUUCGAAUGGUGAACCAACAGGUACUCUAUAAAGCACCUUGCUCGGUUGGGAUCCUAGUUGAUCGAGGUCAAUUAGCUGAUAACCAACAAAUCUUAUUCGGCCAUUCUUUCUUUCGUGUUACAAUGCUCUACCUUGGCGGUCCUGAUGAUGAUGAGGCGCUUGCCUACUGCAGCAGGAUGCUAGAGCAUCCGCACAUCAGCCUAACUCUCGUCUGGCUCAGACAUUCUAGUGGCAAUAUCGAUAACAGUGUGGAGUCAGAUACGAUACGUUGGUUCAAGGCUAAUAACAUUGGUGCAGAAAGGGUGAGUUACAAAGAAGAAGUGGUGAAAGAUGCAGUGGGGACGACUCAGGUUCUUCGUUCACUCGAGCACAAUUGUGAUCUUUGUAUAGUUGGUCGAGACCAUGAACAAUCUGAGUUAACACUAGGGAUUAAUGAAUGGAUUGAGUGUCCAGAACUAGGAUUUAUUGGAGACAUGUUAGCGACUUCGGAUUAUAGUUUUUCGUUGCUAGUUGUGCAACAAAUACCACCAGGGACUGAGUUUAUGAACAGCCACUCCCUGAAGCCUGUAUCUAGCAGUUAUUAUUCUAGUUCAGGGAAAUAUAGUCAUCGUUCUGGUUUUGGCUCUUUUGGGUAGCAGCUGAAGUAGUUUUGCCUCUUUGAUCAAUACCAAAAAAAGGCCAGCCCGGUGCACUAAGCUCUCGCUAUGCGGGGGGUCCGGGAAAGGGCCGAACCACAAGGAUCUAUUGUACGAAGCCUUAUCAAGAAUGGUCAAUACCAAGAAUGUAGAAAAUAGCUUGAAGGAAGGAUAGAAAAGAAUGGUCUUCUCUGUAUUAUAAAUCUGGACAGAAUUGUUUGUAGAAAUUAGGAAGCACAAAGUUCAGUCUGUGUAAUUAGUUAGAAUGCAAGUUUUUUUUGGUUGUUUUAAGUUUUCAACAAAUAGCCUCACAUAGCAUG